AUGAACAACGCGACACCUCGAAAACUUCGGGGAAGUCUGGGGGAUUCCUGGGGAGACGCAGAAUAUGAAUCAGACGGGGGCGCUUCCAUCCAUUCUGCUUCCGACUUUGGAUCUGAGACAGACAGCGAAUGCGAAAAUGCAGAACAUGAAGAGGCUGUCUGCGAAGACAAGGACGUCGCAACACCCCUACCUUCACGUGUAACUAGGGCUUCAUCUCGAACACCCCAAGGCACACCGGCUAAGACACCAGUGAACCGCGCUAUCUCACGACAUUCACAAUCCACCAGGUCUAAUCUUAAGUCACAGGCCAGAACAACGCCAGCAUCAGAAUCUCUGGAGCCAUCAUUUAUAAUGCCGUCCAUGUCCGAAUACGGAGAUAACCGCUUUAACGGAUCUCCUUUACGUCAAUCCCAAAUGCGCGUGCGGCACCCCUCUCGACGGUUCUCCGGGAACCAAAACGGAAGCGUCAACUCUACGCCAAACCGGGGUAGCCGAAACCCUUCGGCUCAAGUACCUCACUCUCCCCCGCCCCAAAAUCACAACUAUCAAGACCCUUGGCUAUAUCUUAGCUUCAUCCGUGAUCACGUGGUCCUCCCUGUUUUACAGUACAUCGUCUCAGUUUUCGCAAUGGCCUUCGAGAUGGGAAAACCUCUCGUUGCGAUGGGGUUUGUCGUCUUGUGCCUCUUCAUCAUACUUAGCCAAACCUCAGGGAUAGUCUCAGCCACCGUUCAUGCUACUCUCUCUUCUCUCUGCAAAAUCCCCGGGUCUUCUUUCGUCCUUCCAUUCUGCGCUUCCCCCAAACACAUGGAUCGCAACCCCGCCUUCGACGAUCUCAUGAACAUCCAAUCAACCUUUGAAGACGUCCUGGAGGCCUCCAUCAACAGCUUUUCUCUCCCGCAAGCCAUGAAACGCAGCGAAGCCUCAAUCCGAGAUCUUAAGACCCAAGUUAAACACUCCAAGCUUCCUUCCAGAGCCGAACUAGAAGUAGAAUUCCAAUUCUUUGUCGACACCGCCCGAGAAGCCUCUCGAGAUCUCACAAAAUAUAACUCCAAAAUCGGCUACACCAUGGACAAAGUCAUCAGUACGAACCGCUGGACCAUGACCAUACUCUCGGGUCUCAUGGAAAAAGAAGCAAGCAGCGGAUCCUUUUCUCGCCUCUUAACAAAUAUAAACCCCUUGGGCGUGUUCAUGGCUCCUCCAGCGACAAUUGAGCAAUUGGUCUUCGACCAAUACGUCAACCACGUAUCUACCAUCAAAGACGAUAUUGGUACCCUCAUUCUGACAGCCGAGGGGCUUCUCUACCUCCUGCAAAACCUCGAGGAUCGGCUCGAUCUCAUCGCCGACCUCGCCGUCCGCGACGGUAUGGAAAUCUCUAAGGACAAAGAACAACUCCUCUCCCAACUCUGGAGCAAGCUGGGCGGAAAUGCGCCGCAGAAACGGUAUUUCAAUGAGCAGCUCGCCGUGCUUCGAGAAGUCACCAAGUACAGGAAAGUCGCAUGGAUGCAUGUCUCAGCGACAUUACUUAAGCUGCAGGAAAUCCAGGCGGGUUUGGAGAAUCUUCGGGAAGGAGUUGCGGCGCCCGAGCUGGUGGGGAUGACGAAGGAAACUCCGAUGAGUUACUAUUUAGAGGUUAUUGGGAAUAGUUUGAACAGGUUGAGGGAUGUGAGGGUGACAAAGCUUUGCCUCCGCCUCGGAGCAAAAAUGGGGAUAUGCCAACUGUCUACGCUAAGCCAGCCAGGAGUAAGUAGCCUGGGGUUGGUACCUGGAUCUUUUGACUUCGGUAAAGGAUUGGAUAUGCUCGGCGUUAUUUUUCUUGGAUAUUUUGGUGGGUUUCCGGGAGAGGGCUUGGAUUAUGUCACCAUUACGACACAGGAAACCAUUUUUAGGUUGAGGAAGCGGCAGGGCGUUUUCGGGUUGUCCUCAGUUAUGCCCACAAUGCUUGAUGGUAUGGUCUUGCUAAACAAAGCUUUUCCACCAUUACAGCUCGAUUUAGGAAGUAAGAUGUCUGGAUGUAAGGCUACUUCCUCCUUUCUAGUCAGGCAAUGCACUCGACUUCCGAUGGUUCCCAAGAAAGUAGCCGAUCGUCUCUCUAGGAUCAAUGUGAACUGUUUAGUUCCUAUACAGGUAUUUGCUGAGUCCCAUGGUAAGGCGUCUUUAAAUCUUCUCCGAAAUUCGGGCAUUGGCCUGAAAUUCAUUUCACCGCCCAGGAGAGUCUUUUUCCUUCGGGAUAGACUCCAACGCUCCGGGCGAGCUAAGUGUUGGAAAUCGAGAGAAAGGGGCUUUUCUUCAAAUAACGCUUUCUACACUUGCAAAGCUCAGAUAGCUGAUCCAGUUUAUGCCAGCACCAUGUUUCCUACAAGCUACACAGGCUUAGCUUCGGGAUUGCCUCACUGUAGCCAAGUAGUCGUGGCCUGCAAGAAUCUUGGCCUAGUGGUAGCAGAGUUUGUUACUUAUUUCGGAGGUUUGGAAGAGGUUGCCAAAGCCACAUCCAAACAGAGUGAUUUCGUGGAUUGCUCUUACAACUUCUAUCCAGCUCUUUCUACAAGGAUUUACAACAUCAGUGAAUUCGAACCCUUUAAGAAAAGAGCAAACUUUGUUGGUAGCUGCUGUAUCGAAAUUGUUAGGGUAUUUCUCCCUCACGAACAAAUUCGCAUUAGAUUGCUAGGUAUACAAAUGCAUGUUGUUGCCGAUCUGCUGAUGGCUGGUCCAAUCUUGCAUCGAAUGCUUGUGGAAUCUCUUGUGCAUGGCUGGGUUGAUAAGAAGAUUCAGGAUCUAGCAGGUGAAUCUACGUCACAUGACGUAGGGCUUCACUUCGAUAUGAUUAGCUCGGAGCCCCCUCAAGCUCCUAAGACCAGACCUUACACCUUUGCUCAAUCGACUAGUUUAAUCCUUGUAGAACGCAGCAAGCACCCUCUGAUAUUAGUCGAUCGGGAUGGUCUUCGAGCACUUCAGCUUGUAUGGUGA